GCGGAUAGUCCGCUUGAAUCGCUUCGCCAAAUACCUGCCACCAUCUACGAGAUGUAUAGCGACAUUGGUGAUCGUGAUCACUGGCCACCGCUGGACGGGACGUAUCAGGCAGACCCCGGAGGAAGGAAAAGGGCAAGUAGAGCCUGCGAUCAGUGCCGCAAGACGAAAAGUAAAUGCGAGUUGUUGGUGGAAGGGGGUCCAUGCAGGAAUUGUGCAGAAAGCAAUCUAGUAUGCACAUUUUUAGGCCCUACCUACAAGCGGGGACCGCCUAAGGGCUACCUCCAUGCAAUCGAGCAGAGAUGGUAUCAAGCGGAGACAAUCCUUGGCGCCAUACUGGCGUCCCCAGAUCCACGAGCCCGGGAGAUAAUAUCCGCCUUGCAGAAGGACGACCUUGCCCGGGAAGUCCUUAAUCGCGUGGACAUUGGGCCAUUCGGUCCAACAGGUCGGGCUUCUCAACCCGCUGGGGCGACCAUGGAAGAUCUCUUUCAUUCAUUCAUCGCGACAAAUGAAAGGCAGACGCAGCGGCAGUCCCGUGUGUCACGAGAGAUAGUAUCAACAAGUAAAGAUAGCCGAUUGUCGCCGAGUCAAGCUGCCGCUUGGCAGGAUCGUUUGACCACACUGCUGGGAGCACCACCGACCAACCCACCGUCGUCAGAUAUUUCACAGCAUAGUAGUCCCCCAGACAAUUGGCGGGACGGGCACAGCAGCGAGCGCGAAGGGAACCGGAGGCCCCGGCUCGGUAGCUCGCCUGAUUUCAGCGGCAUGUACACGAUUGAUGGCUCCUCUGACGCUACGGGAGAACAUAGUGAUGAUGUCGAAGAGAGCUCGCAUGCUAUUGGUCAACUUUCUCUGGACGAGAACGAUGAGGUCCGCUUCCAUGGUGAAGCAAGCGGUCUUCAUCUUCUAGGACAAAGUGAACGCACCGACGAUCGAAAAGAGGAUGGUAUCUGGAAACUGCCUAUGGCGCGAGUAUGGCCACAUGCUCCACACGGCAUCCUUCGCUAUCCGGAGGAGGAUAGUGUUCACGUUGCCUGGCCUCCGAUCCCAGAGCAAGAUCGGCUUGUAGAAAUGUAUUUCACUUACUUCCACCCGUCCUUCCCGGUUCUAGACCAAAAGCUCUUCAUGGAAGCAUACGAAAUGAGCAAGGAAGAGCCUUCCCCGUCAUCGGCCGCAGGGUCACAGAAGCUGUCGAAACUGUUGCUUUGCUCAAUCUUUUCGAUCGCCGAACGGUACUGCAUAGAUGAUGGGCACACUAUCAGCAAAGGCGAGAUGCACGAAGAAGGAUGCCAAUAUUUGGACUGGGCUCGUGAGAUCUUGAAUAGAGUCUACCAUCACAGUAGACUUUCCACUUGCCAAGCUCUGCUUCUCCUUGGUAUCCGAGAGUUUGGUAUUGGAUCCGUUGAGCACGGGUGGCUGUACAUUGGCAUGGCGAGCCAUAUGGCUCAGGAUCUGGGGCUGCAUAGAGCUCUAGACAAUUGGCAGUACCAAGGGAAAGAGCUCUUCUCUGCCGAAGAUACGCAAAUUCGGCGGCAGGUAUGGUGGUGCUGCAACAUCGCGGAUAAGUACGUAUCCGUAUAUAUGGGGCGGCCGGUCUGCAUCAAGGAAGCCGAUUUCGACACGCCUCUUCCCGAUGUCCGACCGGAUGAUGAGAACGAGCACACAAUUUGGCAACCUUACCCGCUACAACCACAGCGUGAAUCAAGCUACAUACCUGUCCAAACGCAUCUGCGAAGCUGUUUCCGUGCAAUGUCCUCACUCGCCCUAAUUAUAGGCAACAUUGUCGACAAGAUAUAUCCUAUCCGUUCCAAAACGAUGCAGGUGCGCGUGACGGAAUCGGCGAGAUUAGAACAAAGCCUAUCGCAGUGGUAUCUCAAUUUGCCGAACUGUCUACAAUACAACUCGUCAAAUGCAACUAGUCCCACUCCUCCUCCCCAUGUCCUGGUGCUUCACAUGAUGUAUUGGUCGACCGUGUUGUUGCUGCAUCGGGCAUUCUUUCCGAGGAAUGCAAAAGACGAUGAUGCGAAGUUACGACAGACACCAGACGCUGUUAUCGAGAGAGCACGGCAAGAAUGUAAAGGCGCCGCGAACCACGUGAGCUCAAUAGCUGUUGCCUACGGCGCGGCUUUCGGUCUACGGUACACGACCCCGUUCUUGACGUCUUACAUUCUAGGGGCUGGCAUAAUGCAUAUCGUAACUCUGAGCACGAACGCGUCGGACGUCCAGGCCUCUUUGGGCUUGCGGCAGUGUCUUGAAUCGUUGAAGGAGAUGGGCGAUGCGUGGCCCAGCGCCGCAAGGGCGUGGGAGCUGCUAAAUGGCGUGAAAGUGCAGUUCGAGGGAAGCUUGACUCCUCUAGUGAAUGCCCCUGUAAGGCAGAAGCGUCGAGCAGAAGAUGAACCGACCAAUCAAGAGUACGUCAGUGUCGUCAAGCAGGAACCUUUGGAGUACAACAGCCCCAACAACAAUUAUCAAGGCUUCGAUUCUCGAACGAUGGCGCAGAUGCUUGGCCUCGAAGUUUCAGAGCCUCACUUGCAGGACCCCGGGUUCCAAGGCAACACUUCAUGGCCGUUCACUAUUCACUCGCCUUCGUCACAACCUUGGGCUGCCCUAUCUCACUUGGAUUUCGCUGAUUGGAAUCUCAACCGGCCUACGGACGGGGUCAUGGCCCAGCAGUCCGAAGGCAACGACUGGUUGCCAGAUGUCGGUAGUGAGCAGUUCCCGUACGAUCCAUACAGGCAGUACCCUCCCUCGUGAUGUGUAGCGAAGACUGAAGUUUCUCGUGAUGUACAAUAUUCGAGUAUGUAUCAAUAUCUGUAGACAUAGCCUAGUAGGAAUGCUUUAGUCAAAUCAUUAUGGGUAUUGGGAUGCUGCCAG